AUGAAUCCAACAUGCCUUCUCGCCCAGCACGAGAAAGGUCUCUUCGAUGAAUCCCGCUCAAUACUUAAAGGCUUGAAAGGAGGUCACCGGCACGCCGAAUUCAACUCUCUAAUACUCCCAAGAUGUCCGGCUCUCGUAGAAGCCAUCGGACAUCGAAGAGCAUACGAAGCUGCCGCAAAAGCAGGCGUUGAUUCGGAUUUGCUAGCCUUGUAUGAGAUUCAUGCUGUGUUGCUAGAUCCAAGCUGGUAUAUCCAACAUACCGAUCUCACUCGCGAAUAUCUCUUCCAGAAGGAGGCUCGUUUGUUGGAUACUUUAUUGCCCCGAUUAGAUACGUUACUAGAUUCGACUGGUGCUGGACUCUACUGUACGGCGCCUAUUUUAUCGCUGGCUUCGUGGGAUGCCUUUGUUGAUAGGUUAGAGACGCUCGAAGCAGUGGGCAUGAGCGAGGAUAAGGCUAGACUUUGA